GACAGCUGAGGAAAUCGAUGAGGCCAUAGAAAGGGCGAGGAUUGGGAAACCAAACACUGUAGCCCAGCAUGAGCUGGUCCCCUACCCUUCGUCGCCACCCCAGCUACCUCCACCUCCACCACCUCCAUUUGUUACAGCCAGAAUACUCUAUCUGGUCCCACCUGAGCCAUGUUUCUUCGUCGAUCGUGAUAGUCGGGGUUGCCUCCUAUGGCGCUUACUACAUGUACAAGAGGUAUAUAGAGCCAUACCUGAGAGGCUGGGAUGGUCCAAGAUCCAAACCGGACCGGCUGUCUCAAGUCCAGGAACAAAUCGGUGCCCUCACCGAAGCCAUCCAGCAACUGAGGGAGGCAGUUGCAUCUCUCGAGUCGGCUGUUGCUGAAGAUAGGAGGCUCCGUAAGCCAGCUGCCCUGGACUCUGCGAAACAGGAUCGUACCAUCUCGGAGCUCAAAUCCGAGGUCUUGUCGGUCAAGGCUUUGCUGCUGAGCAGGAAUCAGUUUCCGAGCGCGCCAAAAGUGACUCCCCCUGUGCCUAGCAUUCCCACCUGGCAACUCUCCAGCAACGGUGCUGAAAAGGCAGAAAACGGUGCCGCUUCUGAGUCCAGCGAAUCCGAAGAGAGCGAGGAACAAAGUUCAAAAAGCGCAAAGGAACCCAUGGAAUCAAGAAAAGAGGAGGUGCUCCAUAAUAGGCCAACAGGCUUGGCUUGAUGAUAAUGUUUUUAACGCUAUACAAUCGAAGUAUGUGCAUCUGGCUAUGCAAUUCGAUACAGGAAUCGUUUAUUAA